AUGGCGACCGCGACGUCGGACUCCGCCGCCGCCCGACGUUUCGCCGUGGCCUGCCGCGUGCUCUGCCGGCUCGUCAAGGCGGCCGGCCCGGUGCCGAUGUCGGCGUACGGAGCGGCGGCGCGCGUGGGGGCUGUGCAGGGGCCAGACGGCCCGCCGGCUGACCGGACGCAGCAGCUGACGAUCUUCUAUGGGGGGAGGGUGGUGGUGCUCGACGGCUGCACGCCGGCCCGGGCCGCCGAGCUGAUCCGGUACGCAGCGGCGGCGGUGACACCACCUGCGGCCGCGCCGGCGACGGCGCUGGUGGACAUACCCAUCGCCAGGAAGGCGUCGCUGCAGCGGUUCCUCUCCAAGCGCAAGGACAGAUCCGUCACGGCCCUCGAGGGUCCACCGUACAGUCAUCCGGAGGAGGCGGCGGCGUCGUCGCCGCCGGCGAAGAAGCGCAAGACCGAAGCUUCUUCCUGGCUCGCCCUGGGUAGCUUAGGAGACAUGCACGCGCAGUGAUCCAUCGCCUAAACAUGCAUCGACCUGUGACGUGACAGCUUCCCUGCUGGCGGUGACAAGUGAAGUAGGAUGUUUUUUUUUUGCGGGGUGAGUAGGAUGUUAUUUAACAACCAGUGAUAUUGU